UCUCUGCAGGCGCAGACGCUGCCUCAAGAGAGCUGAGCCCUGCCAGCGCGGCACCUGCGCGGGGCCCUCAGGGGCGAUCUGCCCAGAACAUUCGGCAUGAGGAGGACCAGGAUGAAGAGUACGUGCCAGGAAGGGGUCAGGAGGAGAAGACGACGAGAGGAUGAGGAUGAUCAGAGAUAGAAGAUGGAAGAUCUCAAGGGCAUCCUACAUUUAAUGACCCUCUCUGCGUGCAAGCAGGGUGCUAUUCGUGCGACAGGCGGCAACAAGAUCUCCGGAUACGGAGCGCCAUCGAAUUCCUAGGUGCAACGCUGCGCGCAACUGGAUGCAACUGGACGGACCCGUCUUGUCCACGAGCAAGGCCUCCGGCGAGGGCAAACUUCAGCUGCCCGUCCCCAGAUGGUCAAUCACACCUCGAGCGAGCCGACCGCCGCGAGCGUGCUUUCCGGCGGGGCCCUCGGCGGCGAGGUCCCAGGCCGAGGAGGGAUAUUUGAGGGGGUACUGGGCGCGUCGACCAUCAACGCUGCAGUACGGAGCGUGUCGACGCCAGAAUUGCACGGCGGCCGACCGAAGCAUGGCCCUCGGUGUGGGCAGCAUGGAGAGGACGUGGUGCGGAGAGAAGGACGA